AUGAGUCUCCCCAUACUGGCCUUUAUGGUGAUGCCUGUCGCUGCGGCAGACGAUGCCGAGUUCGCCUUCAAUCUGCUUUCAGAUAUCGCCCCAAUCCUCGCCUUGUUUGGAGAUCAGUUUGCAAAGCAAUUCACAAGCGAAAGCCUGACAUGGGUAGACCACCUUAUAUUUGCGAUGGUGCCACUGGGCAUCAUUACAGCAAUCACUGGAGCCCUUCGCGUUCAAGGCAUGCCUAUAGCAAAAGCAUUUAUCGGUCGCGCCCGAGAGAAUCGAGCACAAGCUGAGAUAGAGCUUAUGUCAUCGACAUCUGGAGAGGUUUGCGAAAUCUUUAACGGUAACUCUAUUGUCCGAGCUAUGGGAAACCCUGAGAUCGCGCAGUUUCUCAUCUUCCCAAAUCAGUAUGGGCAGUGUGAGAAUAAUUGGAAGGAAUUUGAUCGGAUGGUUGACCCCAACCCGCCGAAACACGAUCCUGAGAAGGUAUCGUGUGGAAUCCACUCCUUACAGACAGCGCAAGAGCAAGGGCAUCUCAGGUGUCAGGAAUACCUGGGUCGAAGCGCCGAGUUCAUCCAAACUCGUAUUCAGAACUUGAAGAGACAGCUUCGCAAGUUAUAUGCUAGUCCAUCCUCCACCCCCAAAAAGCCACAGAGGACAGAUAAAAACGAACCAAAGGACCUAGAAACAGCAGUAGAGGAGAAGACGGAAGAGUCCGAGGAAACGGCAAAGGAUAAGUUUGAGAAGCCCCGGAGUUUGCCUCCCCGUGCAGAUCGGGCAUAUCGAAGCCCGCCAAAUAUCCAACUCAACAAUACAUCUGAUCACUUCGACAGCCGUUGGAUCAAAAAGCAUCAUGAAAUAUUUCUAGCAGCCGUCACAGGAGUUCUUAUACAGACUGGAUUGAUCGCUAUUGCUGCGAUUGUUGCUUACCGAGUCAGUCCUAACUCAUCAGACAUUUUUGAAUCCAAGGUCUAUGGAUUUCCCUGCUACGCCGCUGGCUCCCUUUUACUGUCAAUUGGUACUGGACUUUGCUCGUUUAUCGUGGAGUGGAGCACUGACGAGUACUCUUGGAAAGCCCAGGUCAGUGGUGAGGCAAUUUCUGAGGAUAACGCACCACGACUUCUAUGGUUACAAAAUAAGCAGAGAGUCAACGACCAAUCAUUUAACGGCUAUAUCAUUGCAGUAGGGCCCAAGAGGAGAAUCGUGACUUCCAGCAGGAAUGAUAAGCCCGAAAGGCAUCGGAAGAGGGAUAAAUCCAAACCCAAAGUGACCCGACGCAGCGAUAAUGAAGAACUUCUUUGGGAGUGGCUUACCGUUGGAGCGGCCCUCUCGGCAGCCUUAGGCUUCACAGCACAGUUCAUGGGGCUUAGAGGUCUUGCAUUUCCUUGUUCUAUCGCUCAACUCGGCGCUAUCUUCGCAAUGGCACUCAUUAGGGCGGCAAUUAGAAGACGACUUGGAAAACCCAUAGAACACAUCCGUGCUUUCCAAUGGUACGAGAUAGACUUCCUUGCCGCGCGGAUAGUGUUCAGUAAGGGGCCUCGAUCACGCUACUGGGUCUCACAGGGGGACGGUAAGGAAGUGGAUCCUAAAGAGUGUUUUGAAUGGAAAGUUAUCACACCGGAUCAGAGACUAGAGAACUCCCAUCACUUUGUGCAGUUUGAAAAGAAUCCAGGGACUCAGACGACAGACGAGCCAGCCGAUAAGACGAGCAAGGAGCCUUCUGGACAAUCUACGGAUAAGAACUUUACAUCCCCAACUAGUCAGCACCUUCUUCGUGUAAGGAGACGACUUGGAGAUCUUUCAAGAUGGAAAACGAGGUCUUCCCCCAGUGCUCUUGCUCUUGUCCAGUCGAUCGAGCUCGUCAUGAAUGAAUUCUUCCCUGCUUCCUCAUCGCGUAAGUUAGAGUCUUUGAACUGGCUCCUACGAGCUGGCAACUCGGACAUUACGGGGAGCCAAGAUACUAUUCAGUUCAGGAUUGCACCAAAGAAGAAAGAAGGCAAGUUUGAGGUUGACCUUGGCCUCAUAGACGCGGCAAUGUCGCUUUGGAUGGCCAGUGUCGAUGCAAAAAAGCCCCAGAAUACGAGCGAGGAGGAGAAAAAGAACAAGAGAGUCACAGAUUGGCGGCGAGAGAGGACUGGAGAUUCACUGAUCUACGACUACUAUCGAAUCAUUGGCAACAACCUCAAAGACGAUGUGCUCAAGCGGGAUAUAUCUUGGUGGGUAGAUAAUCUUACCGCUAAAAUGAGUGAGCCACAACCCAGCGAAAAGAGCAGAUCGUCAAAGGAUGAGAAACGAAAAGAGGACGCGGAGAUCGUCAUUGGCUUCAAUGGAUUUGAAAGAGAUAAUGUGCAAGACAAUCAUAUCGACGGUGAGAAGAAAGAGCUAGGAGUACGCUCGGAGGACUCUCUCCCGGUUAUUCUAGCCCAACAUAUGUUCACAAGUUUCAUGUGGACAGUUGCUCAACAUCUACCCGAGGGCUGCCUUCAACCGAAAGAUGAAGAUGCUCAGAAAGAGAUUGAGAUGAACCGUCAUCAGGUCUUUGAAUCCCAUGACCUAGACCAGACGUGGCUCAAACUCAAACUUAACCACCAGCGCCUCGACGGCUUGAUCAGGAAAAUGGAGACAUAUGGAAUGGGAGAUAGGAAAAACAUCCUUCUCUGCAUGAUACCGGCCCUGAGUUCCCACAAACUUCUGCCAAAUCAGGUAGUUCUCAAGCUUGUUCCUCAGAUGAACCAGAGCUCCGGGUGGCUUGAGAUAGCCAACUGUCAUAGGACGCUCCUCGCGACGAUCAAAGCAGACAAGAUGAGCAUCGAUGACAAACUAGAUGUUGGGAUUGUGACAGCCACCAUGGACUUUCUGUCAUUUGCUUGUGAAGACUAUGACGAGCAUAGUGCCCCAUCACCAGAAUUGGACGCCGCGCUCAGGCUCGUUGUCGAAGACCUUGCUUCAGCUAAAUUCUCCGAGGUUUUGGAGAAACUCAAGCCUGUAUAUUUGAAGCAAGAUCGCUGGGAUGUCUUCAGUAGCAUCUUCAAGCGGUUUAGCGACGCCGAUUCCCUGAAGCUUUCGGACGACAACCCCACAGCAGAAAUUGACUAUGACUUUGCCAGGAAAACCCUUGAAUUCACAAGGAGCCAUGUGAAAGCAUGCAGGAGCGCCGAACCUACGUUUUACGUACGAGAGGAAGCUUAUCGUAAUGUUAAAGACCAAGAGCCGCUUACGAGAAGCAAGGAUAUCUUUGGGUGGACAGCGUACCAUUACGAAUGUGUAGCUGAGUUUAGUCGGCUGCCUUCGUAUUGGGAGAAAAAGGCGGAGCAAAUUUGCAGGUCUCGCUGUAAAUACAGCCGCAGCCCUCUUGAUAUUGCCUGUCUCCUAGGUAGGGAUGCCAAGAUUGAGGAAAUCCUCGAUUACCUUAGCUCCGAGGACCAGAAGCUAGCUAUGCAGGGAUGUGGUAUCGAUGGUAUGACCCCUCUCCAUCUGAUCGCUAAGCGCGGGAGGCUUUCUUCUCUCAAAUUGGUUGCUCGAAAAAUCGACUUGCUGCCAUUUCUUUCGAAGAAAGACUUUUGGGGCCGUCAACCCCUUCAUGUCGCCGCCAGACUUGCACAGGAAGAAGUUGCAUUGAAGUUGUUGGAGCUUGGAUCUCUUUCUAAUACUCUUGACGACAUUGGAAAGUCGUCUGUCGACUACUAUCUGGAAAGCGAAAGACGGAAGUUCGCUGGAGCGGUGCCGCCAGAGGACGGUGCUGUUUGUGACACUACACAGAAUUCCAAGGACGGAAAUAAAGCUAAGUCGUUUUACCUGGACAGAGAAACCAGUAGUAUCCUGCUGAGGUUCUCUAGGAAGGAUCCCAAUUGUCGUUAUACACAUGGUAGGACAUUCCUUCAUAUUGCUAUUGAAGUUGCAGAUAAAUGCAGCAUUCAGACGCUAUUAGAAGAUGGUUUUCAUACUGAUGCUAAAGACGAUGAUGGACGGACACCCCUACAUUACUCAAUCAUAGCCAGACGAGAGGAUAUUGCCACAAGCCUUAUCAAAGGAGAGGCGCUGGUUGAAGGACAAAGGGAGAGCUUCAGGUCAAAUGCACUGUUGAAAGACAACCGGAACAUCACAACCCUGAUGCUUUUAGCACAGCUCAAUCUUCUGAAAGUGGCGGAGGCGUUGCUAGACGCCGUGGAGCUGAGGAGCAUUGACGAAGUUGAUGAUGACCGCAAGAGUGCUUUCCAUCAUGCAACAAGCCUCGAAAUGGUCAAGUUCUUGGUCAGCAGGGAGGCUAACACGACCAUCAAAGAUUCAUACGGUAGGACCAGACUUCAAAUGGCUCUCGAAGAACCCAAUGAAGAGAUAGCAUCACAUCUGUUGCAUCUUGAAGAACCAGAAAAGGUUCAAAAGGACCCAUAUGACGACGACCAGAACUCACUACUCCUCACUGCCUGUGCGAACGGGCUUUCCGAACUCAUACCUGCCAUCCUUGAUCGAUGGGACUACAUUCUUGAUGCGGGAGACAGAACUUACGAUCAAUCACCUCUUGCGUGGGCCUGUGAGAAGGGAUAUAAAGACGUGGUCAAAGCCUUGAUUGCUCGUGGGGCAGACGUGAACAAGCCAGCCACUGGCUGGAGUAAUCUGAGGCCGUUACACAUCUGUGCUAUGCAGGAACACUUCGAGGUUCUGAAUCUGCUUAUUGAAAAUGACCUUGAGAGGUAUCCAGCACCGAGCAAGGAGGAUAAAGGUUUACUGAAGCUUGAGGAGCGAUCCGGAAGCGAUCGGACACCUCUAGAAAUGUGCAUCGACAAUCGAUCACCUGACGAGGAAUGCACUAAAGCAAUCAGGACCCUAUUCUUACACCACCGAAUUAGUGCCAGCGAAAGACUUCGGUGUCUGAAGAUGAUUGUCCAGGCUUGUCGCUCAGACGAAGAUUCAAACUUGAAACCGAUCCUUCAAGAAGGGUUCCGAAAGAUUAUCGAAGAAGACAUCAUCCAGGACUUCUUGCUUUGGCUUGUUACCAAAAGACCGUCGAUAGCAACUGACACUGACACUGACACGGAUACCGACGUCGAAGAGGAUGAUGAGGAAUGCGAUGUCUACGCUUUGGCAUUGCUGAAACCGUUGGUAGAAGUGUUGCAGAAAGGAGGGUUCGAUCUGCCAGACCUCUACGCACUGGUAACAGCACUUUCUCACAAAGAGAUUCGGGAGAUAAUAAAGAGUCGCAUCAUCGAUGAACACCAGGGAAAGGAUAUAGACGGAUGGUCCUGCGCGACCUACAUCGACCGCUACGACACGAAUGGAUCACUGAGAGACCUUGCUACUGAGAUAAGGAAACGCCUACCAACAGAACAGCCAAACUCAGCACCACAAGCGCAAUGGCAUUGUGACUCGAAAAACGUUUGGGAAAACGUCAAGAUGACCGGCGCAGAGAUUUCCGGCAAGUCAUCAGACCAUUAUUAUUUCGAGAUCGAGAUCUUUGAUGAUCCAGGUUCGGGGGUCGUUGUUCUCGGCUUCUGUGGCUUCGACACUGGUGAAGAUCGAUUGCCAGGUUGGGUUGCAAAAUCAUGGGCCUAUCAUGGCGACGAUGGGAAACUAGUUGUUGAUGGGGAAGAAGCGGAAGACCCUAAUGAAAGCUUUGGAGCUAACGGCACCUAUAGUGAGGGUGCUAUUGUGGGUGUUUAUCUUGACACAAAGACUGGCGAGGGCUUUUGCACGAGAGAUGGCAAGAAGUUAGAGAUAGGGAAUGUUCUUGACAAGGCGAAGGAAAAGUUCACGGUAGGAAAGAUGUAUCCCUGCGUUGGCUUUGGGUUGGACCCAGACGACGUAGGGCUUCGCUUUCGGGUCAACUUAAUUAGCACGGGAAAGUACCCAUUCAAAUAUCAGUUUCCCAAGGAAUAG